AUGUCUUCUCCUUCAAAGAAAAUUGAUAUCAGUGAAAAUAUAAAACGAAGUGCUGAACGUACAAUCAUCCUAAAUGUUGGAGGAAUCAAGUAUGAAACGUACGCUUCAACUUUAACAUCAUAUCCUGAUACAUUAUUGGGAACAAUGUUUCAAGAUAAAAAUCGAGCAUUACUUCACCCACAAGCUGGCAAUACGUAUUUUUUUGACAGAAAUGGGUAUGCUUUUAGAUAUAUAAUGGAAUUUUAUCGUACCGGUAAAUUAUUGUUAAGUGAACGUGAUAAAGAUAAGGUUACUUUUGUAACCCUUGAUGAAAUUGAAAAAGAAAUUGAUUAUUUUCAUAUUCCCGUUACUGAAGAAGAAGAUGUUGUUGAAUUUGAUGACGAUAAUUUGAUGAUCGAAAAACAAACCAACAGCAGAAACAAAAAUAAUGUUCAUCAUCCUUCUCCUGCUUCCGUUUUAAUACAUAAACAUGCUGGAGCUAAAGUUGAUCAAUUUAUUAAUGCUUUGGAGAAUUUGAUUUAUGAAGCUAUGGGUAACUUUGAAGAAUGGAUCGAAUUGAAAUUUUUUUCAACCAUUCUUGAUGUUGAAACUUAUUGGAACGAAACGGAACCAACUUUAAAAUUCUCUUAUAUACCUAUCAUUAAACCUUAUGGUGUAAUAGGUUAUUAUAUUCUUGAAAAAUUUUCUAAAGAGAUUCAAUCAUAUUUUGAAACUACAAUGCAAAGUAUUUCUUUUCAAUCUGAUCAAGUUACUGGUGAAUUAACUUCUAUAGGAAAUUGUACUAAUUAUUAUAAAAUUUCUAUCAACAUUAAAGAUAAUUAUACUAAAGAAGAUAUCAUAAUACAUACUAGAUUAGACAAUUAUAGAGUCAGUUAA